AUGGUCCCCACACGUCGUGGCCCCACAUGUCAUGCCCCAUUUAAACUCCAGAUCCGCCUCUCUGCUCUCCCAGUCCCAGUCCCAGUAAUUACCAUGGCUUCUUCCUCUCCAACUCCACUGCUCCUCGGCCUCCUCCUCGUCCUCCUAGCGUCCGCACGCGCCGCCUCGGUCUCGCUCCCGGCGCUACCGCUCUCUACGGCGUCGCGGUGGGUGGUGGGCGCGGACGGGCGGCGCGUGAAGCUGGUCUGCGCGAACUGGGCGUCGCACCUGGAGCCCGUCGCCGCGGAGGGCCUGUCCCGGCGCGGCGUGGGGGACAUCGCGGCGCGCGUCGCGGCGAUGGGGUUCAACUGCGUGAGGCUCACCUGGCCGACCUACCUCGCCACCAACGCCACGCUCUCGUCGCUGCCGCUGCGGUGGUCGCUGGAGCGCCUCGGCCUGCGGGAGUCCGCCGCCGGCGUGCGUGUCAACAACCCAGACCUCCUGGACCUGCCCCUCAUCGAUGUGUUCCGGGAAGUGGUAUCAGCUUUGGCCAGCAACAGCAUUAUGGUCAUACUUGAUAACCAAAUGACUACUCCAGGAUGGUGCUGUAGCAGAACUGACGGUAAUGGCUUCUUUGGAGACAAAUACUUCGACCCUGAAGAAUGGUUGAAGGGCCUCAGUGCAAUGGCAACAAUGUUUAGGGACACAAAGAAUGUUGUCGGCAUGAGCUUGCGUAAUGAGCUUCGUGGCCCCUACCAAAAUGUUAGUUUGUGGUACAGGUAUAUGCAACAGGGUGCUGAAGCUGUGCAUGCAGCAAACCCUAAUGUCCUUGUUAUUUUGUCGGGCCUGGAUUUUGACAACAGUCUCUCCUUCUUGUCCCCAAAGCAAGUUAAGUUGUCAUUUACUGGAAAGUUAGUCUUCGAGCAGCAUUGGUAUGGUUUCUCAGAUGGAACUGAUUGGGAAAAUUGGAACCAAAAUGAUGCUUGUGGAGUGGCUGUUGAGUCCAUAAGGACUAAAGGACUCUUUCUUCUUCAACAAGGAUGGCCGUUAUUUUUCUCUGAGAUUGGGUUUGACAUGUCUGGCACACAUAUUGCUGACAAUCGUUAUCUUACAUGCUUCUUAAGUGUAGCAGCUGAAAUGGAUCUGGAUUGGGCUGUUUGGGCUCUCGAAGGGAGUUACUAUAUCAGGGAGGGUAUUCUAGCUUACGAUGAAACAUAUGGUUUGCUAACAUGGGAUUGGUAUACAGCUAGGAACCCCAGCUUCAUUGAAAGGAUCAAUUCCCUGCAAUCUCCAUUUCAAGGUCCUGGUCUACCCAGCAGUCACAAACCAUACAAGGUAAUAUUUCAUCCUCUAACCGGGCUCUGCGUGUUGGUGGAAUCUGCGAAUGUGCUUAAGCUGGGUCCGUGCGAUGAAUCGAACGCUUGGAACUACACCUCCGCGUAUGAGCUUGUGCUGAAGCACACCGGGCAAUGCCUUGAAGCCAAGUCUGUGGGUGAUACUGCAAAGCUUGGGGCUGGCUGCAGCAAAUCCUGUUCAAAGUGGCAGCUAAUAUCUGAUUCAGGAAUGCAUGUUUCGGCCGAACUCACUAAGAAUGGGACCAGAGUGUGCUUGGAAGCCGGUCCUGACGGCGUCAUCACCACAGAUGAAUGCAAGUGCCUGACCGAAGAUCCAACCUGCGACCCUGAGAGCCAGUGGUUCAAAGUUAUAUCAAGUAGUAGAGGCAUACCAGGCGAUUCCUCUGUUCUGCAGUUGCCAUCUCUUGGACCCUGGCCUCCAAGGUCAAGUUCAUCGCGGUAG